CUCGACGAGGGUAGUGCUGCGGCGUCAUCCGGUACGAAACAUUCGGUCGUGGGAGAAUUAUGUGCCCCAGCAAACGUGUACAAAACAUUCUUUUUUACAACAAAAAAUAAACAGUUCUCCUAGCAAUUGUCUAUCGUGUGUUGUGGAUGGGUGAAUGGGCAAUAGUGCAAUAAGCCUUGUAACAAAUUAAACAGUGAUCGAUUAGAUGGCUACACUGCUAGUGAUGUGUAUGUGAGUUUUGUAAUAGAAGCAAAUUAAUAGCUUUACUAACGUAAACCGUGUGUAAUGCAAAACUCGCAAGCAAAUUUCAGUGAGCUAGCAAACAAAAAACAAACGGUGACAUUCGAUCACUUACGGUGUGCGUGUGAUCGGUUUGUGCACACAAAAAGAAAGAGAUCAAGUUUCAUCUUCGAUCCGCAAGCACAAAGUUGAAAGAAAUUCCGUUACAUAGUGUCCUGCCAGCCGUACAACCACAGCGAAAUAAGAAAAUAAGCAAACAACAAAAAAAAAACAAAGACACACCACCGAGAAGGCCUUCGUGUGGACCCGAAGCGAAGAAAAAGCUCUCCGCUACCGCAAGCAACGAACCCUCGCACUAUUAGAGCAGCUCCAGCUUGCCUUUCGUAACGUGAUCCCAGGGAAUGUCACCGUCCAAACUUUGUCGACCAAAGCCUUUCACCUAGCUGCUGCUGUGUUGUUGUAGGGGUCCCGAAUAUAAAACAAAAACCCCUUACGAAACAUCCCCUUGUGUGUCUGUGCGCGGAUAAAAUGAAGAACUGUGAACCGAACGCACUGGUCCAAAAUUUGGCAGCAACUUGUUAGCUACGUUUCGUGAAAAAGCGCGAAACUUAAGAACCAAGUGGAAACUAUCUGCGCGAAAAGAAAAACGCUCAGCCUACUUAUUAGCAAUCAAGAACAGCUGUCACGAAAAAAGCAACAAGUUAGGCGCCUGGAAAGUAGAACACACAACCUUCUCCUGGUAGCGAUGGCCCAUUUUUCGAUCACCGAAAUGCCGGACUUGAAGGUGACGGAUACGUUCCCGAAGAGUGGCCGUGUAACGGAAGUUUGCAAAGAAUGGUUGGUCCGGGAGGAUGGUGCCUUAGCUUAUCAACUGCAGAACCAAGAGAUUAGUGAACAUUACAAGGGUAAUAAACAGCGCAACCAAAUCGUUCGUCAGGAUUUUCCGACCGCUCUUUCGGAACAGAUCCGCGAAAAGGAGGAUGCUGAGCGACAGGCUGCUCUUUACCAUCAAAUGAUCAAUGAGCAAGAAGAAAUGGAUGCGAAGGUAGCUCGGGACAUUGCGCAGCAGCUGAACCGUGAGGCCCAAGCAAAGCGGCAGAUGGAGCUACAGCGUGGAGAAAUGUUGGCCCGUAAGCUACAGGAGCAAGCGAAUUUGGGCGAUCGUAGACAUCCGCCCGGCGGUGCAGGACACUCGGGGCGACAGCCCGUUCAGGAGCAAAAUCAAUUUCCCCUGCCACCACGGACACAUCCAAAGCCCAAACCGGGAAUUGCAAACGGGACUCAGGAAUAUUCGGCUAAUUCCGGCAUGUCACACUUUAUGGCACACUCCCCAUCUCCGCAAAUACAAAGCAAUGAACCGGGACUACAUUAUGCUUCGUUGGACUUGAAUGCACCGAAACGACCACCUCCACAACCAGUAUUCCAGAAUGGCAGAGCGCCUCCUUUAAGCCCUACUCACCAUGUCGGAGGUUACCAGGAGCGUACGGAAAUAUUUCCAGAACAACAGCAUCACCCAGCAGCCAACUUUAAUCAAUACUCCGACGACGAAGAAGAACCACCCAUUUCGGGUGGGGCAGGCACAGGAGGAGCUUAUGCCAAUAUAAAUCUUCACUCACACACACCGGAAAAGAAACAACCACCGCCUCCAGCCGGUUUGUCGCACCGUCAAUAUGGCCGCUCGGAUCGUUCUCAUGCAAUGCAACAGAACACGGAUAACGUAGACAGUAUUCGCCCUUAUAACAUGCCGCUCUCCAAUGAUGACUUCCAGUAUCAGUACCCUUUGCCACCGACGGUAAACAAUAUAUCUGCUUCUUCUAGUAGAAACGGUGGACAUGCGUCUGGGGUAACCCGCUAUAGCCAUAACAACAUCGUCCCGACAACAGAAGCUGACUAUCAGAACAAUACAAACUUCAACAAAAUGUCACCGGAAAAGUACGUUACUCCGACACCAAAUCACCAAGGAGCGGCAGUUGGAGGAGAACCACCUUUCGAAGGUGGACCCUAUCCUCGACGCAGCGAGGCACCACCAUUACAGCGUACCGCGAACCCAAUCAACUACAACCUUUACGAUGAUGAUGAUAUCGAGGAAGCGCUGGCAAGCACCAGUAGUGGAACUUACACGGCGAUACCACUCAAUCAGCUUGGACUUCCGGUCGAUGCUGGACCAGGACCGAGCAAUCGGUACUCAAAUGGGGGAGCUACACCGAAAGGUGUACUUCAUCAUCAUCAUCCGCAUGGAGGAAUCUAUCAGAAUCAACCCCACUCAUCCCACGCCUCACCGAGUCACUCGAAAAACAGUAGCUACGACAAGACGGAUCGUAUUCGCACGCUACAGGAUCUUGGGUUACCGCCGGAAGAGAUACAGGAGAUUGAUAUGCGACUCGAGCAGGAAUUGCGUGAUGCGGAAUUGGCACGGAAGCUGCAGGAAGAGGAAGGUGGCCAGGUGGAUCAGGAAUUUAUCGACCGCAAGGUAGCGAUGGAAGCACAAGAUAAAGAGCUAGCCAAAAUGCUACAGGAACGAGAACGUGCCAAAGCAAAGCGUGCCCGCGAGAAGGCCCGCCUUAAGAAGGAGCAACGUUUGCAGCAACAGAAACAAGAGCAACGUGCUGAUGGUACUGUAUCGGAGGACGAUCCGGCAGCAUUCGGUGAAAGCGUGGGAGAUCCGUCCAAUCAUUCCACCUCGCCUGGUGCUGGUGAUGGUGAUGCUGCUGCUGCUAUCACUGAUGCUUCCUACUCGAACCCGAUCGAUAUGCUGCAGCAACAGCAACGACCACCAAAAUUAAUCUCCCCUACUGGAUCUUCUUCCGGUGCGAGAGGAUAUUACGGUCCAACGGUACCAGUACCAACUACGGAACAUCCGCUGUAUAAUCAUCGUACGCAGGGUAGCAUAUCGUCGCAUGGUUCUGGAUCGGGUAGCAUCAACAACAGUCAUAAUCAUCCGCAGCAAGCGAACCCAUCGAUUGGUCCGAUUAGUGAUGAAAAUUACUCAAAUCCGAUUGAUAUGAUAAAGCAGCAGAAACAGCAACAGCAACUACUGUUUCAGCAACAGCAACUCCUGCAGCAGCAGCAGCAGCAACGGGGUGGACCUAACUUGAAACUAUCGGCCAACGUACAACGAUUGGUGGAGAACGGUCGAAAGGAGGAUGAAAUUUAUGUGCUGCCCGUUUCGCAGGAAGAUCAUCCAGCCGUUGAUCUGCAUUUAUCACAACGAACGCCUCCAAGAGCGUCAAUGCAGCCGGUCCAUGAUGCACGUGGAGUAGUAGCAAACGGGAAUCGAUUAAUUUCAUCACCUGGUUCGAGAAAUCAAUACAUGGAUGAUAAUAUCGCUGCAAAGAUUGAUCCGACAUUCGGUGGAACAGGAAUGGGACAUUCGCCAACAUCCACCGGUACAUCCUCAUCUGCCGCAAACACAUCGCAGCCAGAUAUCCUCGAAUUCUCUGAUCCCGGUUCCUCUAGUCCAGUACCGCCACCGUACAUGCCGAUACAGGGAACACGCCGUAACAACGCAACAGAUGGAAAGAAGCGCAAACCAAAGGAACGCUGCGCUCAGCAAUAGAUGUUGUCUCUCAAUUCAAAUGGAAUUGAUAGAAUUGUGUGAACAAAUUCGCCCUACUGCCCGUUAAGGAUGACAUAUCGAUCGCAUUUAAAGCCCUUCGUGCUGCACUCAGGAUCGAUGUGAAGUGUGUGUGUGUGCGUUUUAAAGAUUAUACACCACACUACUUUGUAAUCCGUUUAAAAGAAGCUGCUGUAAAGUGAAGGCUGAUAUUUACAGCCAAUUAGUGUGUAAGAGCGUUGCUUAACAUGUUUCUGCGAGUGCAAGGUGAUUGCUUGAUUGUGAAUCUGGCUCACCAUAUUUAUCGAACGUUAGGGUUUUGUCUACAGAUAGGUGCACCGCUAUUGGUGCUGUGCGGCUCAGUGAAUGAUGGGUUUUGUAAUAAACGAAAAAAAUGAAUUUAUAUUUAAACCUCA